AUGGCUGAUAGAAUUCCUUUAUCUCUCAUUGAAUUACCCGUUGAGCUUGUUUUUCGUAUUCUGGACAAUAUCAAUGAUAUCACGAUUUUAUGUUCGGUUCGUAACGUAUGUAUAUGGCUGAACACGAUUAUUGAGACAUAUCAUCGAUACAAGAUACUUACUACAUUAGAUCUUUACAAAACUGCGAUUGAGGAUGCAGGUGCCACUUAUAUUGCCAAUGCUCUGAGAUACAACACGACUCUUACUGUACUUAACAUCGUUUCGAACGAAAUUGGAGACAAAGGAGUCAAAUGUUUAGCUAACGCUCUCAGAAAUGAUACAACAUUGAUCAUUCUGAACCUGAGUGAAAAUGAAAUACAAGACGAAGGAGCAAUGCAUUUGGCACACGUUCUCGAAAAUAAUUCAACACUGAUCACACUUGACCUCCAUUCGAAUAAAAUUGGAGACGAAGGAAUACAUCAUAUUGCCUAUAGUCUCACAAAAAAUUCAACACUCACCACGCUGAAUCUCUAUUCGAAUCAAAUUAGGGACAAAGGUGCAAGUUAUCUUGCUGGUGCUCUAAAAACCAAUACAGCACUUGCCACGCUCAAACUAAAUUGGAAUGAAAUUGGACACGAAGGAGCACAUCAUCUCGCUGAUGCUCUAGUGAAAAAUAAGACACUUACCAGACUAAGCCUUCAUUCCAAUCAUGUUAGAGACGAAGGGGCAAAUUAUUUUGCUCAAGCUCUCAAAAUUAAUAAGACACUUACCACACUUAAUCUCGCUUCGAAUGAAAUUGAUGACGACGGAGCGAUAUAUCUUGCUGACGGUCUAAAAAACAACGAAAUUCUAACUACGCUCAACCUGUAUGCAAAUGAAAUAGGAGACGAAGGAGUAGAACAUCUAUCUCAUGCGCUCAGAAACAACACGGCACUAAGAAAACUCAAACUAGACAGAAAUCAAAUCGGAGACGAAGGAGCAAGACAUCUAGCCUAUACUCUAGAGAAUAAUAUGACACUCACUGCGUUAGAUCUUACUGUAAAUGUUAAGAUUGGAUACGAAGGUGUAAAACAUUUAGCCAAUUCUCUAACAAAUAAUACAACACUCAACAUACUAAACCUUAGUAUGAUUACUCUCGGAGAUGACGGAGCGAUGCAUCUUGCAAAUGCUCUAAGCAAGAACACCACACUCACCACAUUAGAUCUUCAUUGGACUGAAAUUGAAAAGGAAGGCUCACUCUAUCUUGCAAACGCUCUCAAAAAGAACAAUACACUGACCACACUCGAUCUCAAAUGGAACAAAAUUGGAGAUGAAGGAGCACAAUAUCUCGCGGAUGCUCUCGGGCAGAAUAAAGCACUAGUCACGCUCCAACUAGCUGCAAAUGGAAUCAGUGGCAAAGGUGUAUACCAUCUUGCCAAUGCUCUUAUCGAAAAUACCACACUUAACACACUGAAUCUUGAUUCCAAUAAAAUUGGAACUGAUGGAGCACAACAUCUGGGAAAUGCACUAUGCAACAACUCGAAACUCGUCGCAUUAGAUCUGCGUGGUAAUAAUAUUGGAAGUCAUGGUGCACAACAUCUAGCCAAAGCUCUUAUCAACAAUAAAAUACUCAGCAUCAUGAACUUGGAAGUGAAUCAAAUCCGAAACGAAGGAGUAAAAUAUCUUUCUGAUGCUCUAUACGAGAACACAACACUUACCACACUUAAUCUCAGUUCGAAUGAAAUCGAUGACGACGGAGCAUUAUGUCUUGCGAAUGCUCUCGUCAACAACAGAACACUCACCAAACUUGAUCUUAUUCAAAAUCAAAUUGGAGAUGAAGGUGCACAUUAUUUUGGUGAUGCUCUCACAAAAAACACGGUUAAAAUAAGCUCUUCUAUAUAA